AUGGACCAACGCGGCGCGCCCGAAUUUACCCUCGAGGCCUUCGCUGACCCUAGCACGGUGCGCGAUGUCGUUCGCGGCAUCCUUCACACCAUCUUCUUUCUCCGAUACUUCCCCUCCGUUCUUCCUAAGACACGCGAUGUGCUGGGCUUGGAGCUUGCCUAUGUGCCGGAUGAAGCAAUCGAGACGUUGAUCGACCAACGUGUGAAUGCCCUCCGGAGGGCUGGGAUUGGGGUUCCUAGGAGGGGGAGGAGGAGGAGGAGGAGGAGGAGGGGAGGGGGGGGGAACAUCCCCUCGUCAGGUGCUGGUUCGUCGGGCAGUGGACGUGGCCAAAUUACGGUCCAGUUCUUUGAGAAGCGGCGGCGCAAGACUUGGUACAAUAUUCGUGGCGACGAUGAGGUGUGCUGGGAAAGUUGGACCAUCAAGGUCACGGUGGCAGAGCCGAGGACAGAAGGUGAGCGUGUCAAAGUCCGUAAAGCCUCGGAGGCAACGCUCCACAAUACAGUCAUGAAAGCCAUUACACUCGCCAACUCUCACAAGGACCACAUCCCGCCCAUCACGACGACAGAGUCGAACCCUUUCCCCUACCAAAUCCGCAUUGGCGCACAUCCGCACCAAAAGGACCAGCAAAACGCGUAUUCGGGCUGGGCCACCCGCAUGGGCAUCUACUAG